UAUUAUCUGGUCUCUGGUGUAGGGCACGACAAAUGUCGCAGUAGAGGUUACAGCUUUCCCACUGUAUUUCAGUUUGUUACAUUGUGAACGGGCAGUCGGGCAGGCGAGCGGAACAAACACGAGUUAAGGUUUGCCUGAAAAAGCUGUUCGAGAUUGAAUUUUGACGGUUGUUCACGAGGCGCAACGCCAUGGAUGUGACCGACAGCAACAUGAACGCGUCGAAGGAAAAUUCCAAUUUGGAGCCGCCGAAGGAGAUAUUGUGUCCAAAUGUUCAAGAACCAGAUAUCAUCCAACACUUGAAGGUGAACUACGGGUUAACGAUUUCCAAGGUCAGCAGACUCAAUGGAUACGAUGACUGCAAUUUCAACGUUCAGGCUGAGAAAGAGCACUCGAACCCAAACAUCCAGCAAAUUGCUCCCAAUGGCUACUUCGUCAAAGUGUCCAACAUAAUGGAUUCGGAAAACCCAGAAAUGUUGCACGCGCAGAUGCAAGCAAUGCAACAUCUCGUCAACAAAGGGAUCCUGUGCCAGAGUUCGGUGAAGAGUAUUCAAAAUCAGGACUUCACCGACAUUAAAGCGACUACAAAAGCAGGAGAGGAAAGAACACAUAAAGUAUCAGUGAGGACCUUCCUUCCCGGAGAGCUGCUAGCCAAGGCCACCCUGACACCCGGCGCCUUGUACAACAUCGGUGCCUAUGUAGCCAAAGUUACUCAGGCUUUGGAGGUCAAAUCCAUGGCGACCUUAAUGAACAAAACAUCCUGGUGAGCGAGGUAGAUAGCGUGGCCAAUGAUAUUCAAGUCUGUGGACUCCUGGACUUCCAGGACUGCGCGUUCUCACACCCCGUCUACGACCUGGCUAUCAACGCGGGGUACAUGAUGAUGGUGGAGUCCACUCAAGUGCCUAGGCCACAGAUCCCUGGCUACCUGCUGGCAGGCUACUCCUCCGUGCUCUGUCUGAAUCAAGCAGAAGAAAAAGUGUUCCAUACGUUGGCGGCCUCACGCAUGGUGCAAAGUUUGGUGUACGGAGCUUACACUUACUGGCUUGACCCGUCCAACGAGUACCUCCUGGAAACGGCCAAAUGUGGCUGGGAUGCGCUUGUUACGUUUUGGAAGACCCCGAGAGAGACAGUUGAGAGUGACUGGAAACGAAUAAUUGGGUCUUAUAAGCCUUGAUCACAAGCUAAGCUAUAGAUCAAGCUUACAAUCAAUAAAAUAUUCUCAGGCUUUAUGCGUUAUGCAAGAAAUAUGUUAAUAAAAAUUAUGUUUUAAAAAAGAAA